GAAAAUCACAUUUUGUUUACAAAUUGGUGUGACUUUUGAAAUCAAUUUGCAAACAAACACUUAAAACAUGUUUUAUUUAAAUAGUCGUCAAGUUUUACUAAUUAUUAAUCGCAAACUAAUUGCACAUCACUUUCGCCGCAAUAUGUCUUCAUUUGACAAAAUGCCGGCCUUUAAGAGUGACCAGAGUUUAGACAAAUUGUAUCCCAAAUCCAACACCACUUCCUCGACAGACACCACUCCCGCAAAGCCGUCGACGGCCCAGCAGUUCACUGGACACAUACCCAUCGAUAAGCUUGAGAUCAGCUACUGCCGAAGUAGUGGACCGGGAGGUCAACACGUGAACACCACAAACACCAAAGUGACGGUUCAGUUGCACUUACAGUCAGCCGAUUGGAUACCACAUGAGACCAAACUGAGACUCCAAGAGCUGCACAAGAAUAGUAUAAACAAAGAGGGCUUUUGGAUGAUAAGGUCCGACAAGACUCGGAUACAGAUGAUGAACGUCGCCGACUGUAUGGACAAAAUUAGGUGUUAUAUCACUGAAGCCUCCAAACCAUUGUAUACGCCAUCAAUCGAGACACUCGAGAAGAUCCGUCUGAACCGAGAGAGGGCUGCCAUCAGACGUCUCGAACAGAAGCGGAUCCGUUCGGUGACUAAAUCGAGUCGACGUUCAGUCGAUUGA